CAUAAAAGAACAUAUAUGUUACACAGCUUUUAGUUUAUAACAACCUACCUAUAACCCCUCUUUAGUUACGUAUAAUGUGGAUGUGUCAGAAUAUCUUGAUAAUAAACUGACUGACAAAUCAACGCGCAUCCGUAACUCGCUCGCGGGAUUUACACGCAGGCAGAGCCGCGGGCUUACUUUGUAUUUAUGAUUUUCAAAAUUAAGUAAAACGUGUUAUUCAUAGGUAGUUACCGGUAGUAGCAUGAUUGGCCUUAUGAAGAGAUAUAUAAUAUUUAAUACCAAGCAGUUUUCCUGUGAUACAGAAGGUCGAUAUAGACCACAAUCUUUGCGAACUUAACACUUAAAUUUUCCCACCCUUUCUAAAUCAAAUUCCUAAGUAACAAUUCUGUGCUCUGUGCUUUAAGUUAUCUUUUUCGCCAAAUAAAACCUAUUUUUGCAAACUUCUAUUUUCAAAAAAAUUCCCGUUGUCUUGGUGAGUUUUUCAUCAAACAAAACCGUGUUUGCAACAUCAUGUAGGAUUUUUUUCACCAACUUUAUUUUCUUAUGAAAUUUAAAAUUUUAUGUAUCUAAAUUAAUUAUCAAAAUUUGUAUUUGUACCGUCCAAAAUGCCUAUUAAAUUACUACUCGCUCGUCAAGUGUUUACCGCGACUGGGAGGCCAACUGUGGAAGUGGACAUGGUGACCGAACUUGGCUUGUUUCGCAUUGGAGUGCCGACCAUCGACGAAAAGAAACAAGCGGAGUCUGUGCAGCUUUUCGACAACAACCCCAAUGAGUACAACGGCAUGGGUGUCUCUAAUGCUGUGAAGAACAUCAACACUAUCAUCGCACCAGAAUUGAUCAAGCAGAAUCUAGAAGUGACAAUGCAAAAGGAAAUAGACCAGUUCAUGAUAUCCCUAGACGGCACUGAGAACAAGUCCCGACUCGGCGCCAACGCCAUCAUGGCCGUUUCGUUAGUAGUCGCGAAAGCGGGAGCUGCCAAAAAAGGCGUGCCCUUAUAUAGGCACAUAUCUGAUAUGGCCGGCGUCACCUCAAUCAUUCUUCCCGUACCGCACUUCGUUAUACUCACGGGCGGCAAACUCGCCUCUAACGGUUUACCGUUCCAAGAGUAUUGUAUAAUGCCGACUGGUGCAGCCACGUUUGCUGAAGCUAUGCGUAUCGGCACCGAAAUAUACCUCUUCGUCAAAAAGAGUAUAUUAUCGAAAUAUAAAAAUGAGUAUGUUUACGUCAGUGACUCUGGCGGAUUCCCGAUACCCCUCAACAACCACCGCGAAGCAUUAUUAUUCCUCACGGAUGCUAUCAAGCAGUGUGGCUACAUUGGAAAAGCUGAGAUAUCGAUAAACGCGUCGGCCUCGGACAUGUUUAAAGACGGAGGGUACGACCUAGAAUUCAAAGAUCCUAAUUCAAAUCCACAAGAGUACUUGUCAUCUGACAAGCUUGCUGAAGUAUAUUUGGACAAUAUGAAGGAGUUUCCGGUAUGUUCUAUAGAAGACGCGUUCGACUUCGACGACUGGGCAGCUUGGUCGACGCUGACUGCUCGGAUUCAGGACAAACAACUUAUCGGCAAUGACUUGACGCAGACCAAUUUGAGAAGAGUAAACUUGGCGGUAGAAAAGAAAGCUGGUAAUACGUUAGUUUUGCGGCUUAAUCAGGCCGGGACGGUGAGCGAGAUUAUAGAGGCAUAUAAAUUGAUGAAACCGAAUGGUUUUGGGGUUAUGGUUGAAGACAGGUGGGGGGAUACUGAUGAUUUGUUUUUGGCUGAUUUCGUGGUUGGUCUGUCGGCCGGCCAGCUGAAGUGCGGUGCGCCGGCGCGGGGCGAGCGGGUAGGCAAAUAUAACCAAGUCCUCCGGAUAGAGGAAGAGUUGGGUGCACUAUCUAAAUAUUCUGGGAAGAACUAUAGAGGCCAGCUCAUGUGAAUUGUUUUGUACCGUCCUAAAUUGUAAACGUCUUGUGAAGUUAUUAAAAUAAAAAUUUACAACAUGCUUAAGAUCUUUGUUUAUUCCCCUUUUCGACAGUUAACCUAUUGGGUUUGUGUACCAUGGGUCAACGGUCUCAUAUACCUGAGACCACUCAAUGCUUUUUGUUAUCUUUGUUUACCUACAUCUUUACCUUAGUCAUCUUGCUAGUCCAGAACUUAUCUCUCUUACUCUUGUUACUACCAAUUCUUACUACCAGUAGUAUUACAUAUAUUAUUGUUUGUAAUAUAGCUUUGUUUAGCAAUUAUUUUUCCUAAGUCGCUUCCUACGACAAUCACAUAGCUUAUUGCCUUUUGUCUUAUUUGCUUAUAUAAACCCAUUCAAAUAUGAUCUAAUAUUUAAAGUAACAUAAAAAUUUUGAGUGUAUAAACCAAACUAACAAUGACAUUUUAUCUUUGUGAAUAUUGUGUUUGUGUUUGCUCGUAAAUUUUAUUUUUUAACAAAAACAAUCUUACCGUAACUCAAGUUUACUGUGUUCGCAAUUCGAACGGUGUUCCCUUGCUUUAUCCACAUAUUUAAAUCACAAUCACUUGUUAUUAUUUGUCUUUGACAUAUACACUCGUUUUUUAUAACCAUGAAUGUAUAUAUUUUUUAAGUAAGAGAGGCUUUUUCAUAAGAGAUUACAUUUGGUAAAAAUUUCUGGUUAUUUUGACACCUAUUUUUUCCCCUAAUGAUUAGGCAUAUGGCCGCGAUCUGUGUUCUGUGGUUUCCAAUCCACUUGUUCCACUAUGGGACUGGUGGGAUAGCCCGGAAUUUAUUUUUUCCGGGAAUUUUUGCGUUUAUUGUAGAUCCAGAUCUUCGUUAUUUGAAUUUUUUUAGAAUAUUUAUAUUUGAAAGUGGUUAACUAAACUUUUUAUGGUAAUAUUUUAUGAAAAAUGCCCCGUUACUAAUAUGUGUCUGUUUUUUCCAUGCGUUCUAACAUGUUGCAUC